AUGUGCCCUCUUCCUUUCCUGAAGGUAGAAGAGGAGCAACAUGACUUGCAGGUUGAAACUCCCACCUAUAAGGUUGCACUCAAGGAAUUCAAGUUCAAACAAGACUUUGAUCAGGAGUUUGAGAAUCUUCUGAAGAUACGUAAUUUGCAGCAAUCUAAACACAUUACGCAGAAGCUCGACUCUUUCAAGCGAGGGAGCAAAAACUACAUCAUCUUCCCUUGGGCAGAUGGCGGAGAUCUUGUCAACUUCUGGGAGAAGAUGGAUGUCGAGGCACGAUCUCCCAAACUGGCACUAUGGGUUCUCGAACAGAUGCUCGGGCUCGCCCAGGCUCUUCAGGCCCUUCACGACGAGAUGAGAGACCAGGAAAACUGCCGACACGGAGAUCUCAAGCCGGGAAAUAUUCUUCAUUUUACAAUUGAAGGCUACGGCACCUUGAAGAUUGCUGACUUUGGCAUUUCCAAGAUUCACAGUCUCGGAACGUUGCAGAGGCGGGACCCAACAACAACGAGAGCAACAACGCCUUCUUACCAAGCUCCCGAAGGUGACUCCUCUAACACGAGAUCUCGGAAAUACGACAUCUGGUCACUAGGCCGUGGCCACACUUCUACGAGAAAGUGGGGGACAAGACCGUCGUACACCACGAAGUAA